AUGACCUUGUCCGCCUACGAUUUGUUCACCUUCAAGGCUCGCCCAAGGUUACCGGUCGUCCUCGCUUCUGCCGUGCUUGCCGCCCUCAUCAUCUUUGUCGCUCAGCUAUCCCUUCCCGAUCGACCACCUGGCCUGCAGACGGCCACGACCUAUGCCGCCGCUCUAGACGAAGAGGGAGUGGGAACGUCGCACGAGAAGCAAUGGCUGCUAGAGCCUGAAGGCGUGCAGAGGAGCUUCGAGGAGCCCGACUAUUCCCUCCUCAGCGCGCGUCAACCACACGAGAUCGGUUGCGACAUCCCUCUCGAGGGCGCCAACAGUGGAAAGCUAGCUUUCAUAGGCAUCUUCUCUUCCAGCCUGAACGGCAAAGGACGAAGAGACCUGUACCGAAAGCACAUCUUACCGGAAUGGCCCGAUGAGGUGGAGAUCAAGUUCAUCCUUGCCCACCCGCCGGCUGUAAAGUAUCCCCUCGACUCGCUGAAGCGCUUAAAGAUCCUGGAUGGACUGAAGCAGGAGGCGGAGGAACAUAAGGACAUGGUGAUUUUGGACAUCGACGACAACAUUGACUUUGGCAAGACGUUCGAGUACUUCAAGUGGGUUGCCCAGCACUAUGCCGGCGAUGGACAAGUGCGCGGUCGACCUCGCUUCGUGAUGAAGGCGGAUGACGACACUUACCUUGUCAUGCCCAAUGUCGUGCGCACCCUGCAAAGCCUCAACUGCAAGAAGAAUGUUUACUGGGGCACCUCGGCUGGCUCAUCAGGCCACUUCAGGCAGUACUUCCGCGGCCUCGGCUACGGCCUGUCGUGGCCUCUGGUAUCUUGGAUCGGUUCCGCAGAUCUGCCAUACGCGCACAAGAUUAAGAUCGAGGACGCGCGUACGGGCCAAUGGCUGAGAUUACUCGACCCAGUCUUGGACCCCGUCCAGCGAAUAGACUACGGCUGGGCUAUGGGAGAUUGGAACCAGCUGAACUACACGACGGAGACUGUCGCCCUUCCGUCCGACCGCGACUACACGCCCGAGUUUGGCUCCGACGUCCUGGACAUUAUAGACUUUGGCAAGGUCAUGCCGCCCAACGCCAAGUCGCCCAAGUACAACAAGCUGUCGGCGAUGGGCCAGAAGGAUCUGGAAGAGGCGUCAAAGGUGGAAAAGGCGCCGCUGCCGGGUGUGAUUACGGACCUGCCCGACGAGCGCGCUGGGCCGUUAGAUGAGCCGACCCCGCAACCGGCGUCCUCCUCGUAG